GUUAUAUGUUUUAUUAUUUUAUGAUGUUAGCAAUUGUAUUAUUUCAUUACCUCUUUCUUGAUGAAUUAUUUUUAAAAAUUUUAUGGCAAUGCAAAAUUUAUGUAACUAAGUACUGAGACAGAGAUAUGUCUGGAAAGAAGCGUGUUGCCAUCAUUGGAGCUGGGCCAAGUGGUUUAACAGCAAUUAAAGCCUGUAAAGAAGAAGGUUUUGAGCCUGUCUGCUUUGAAAGAAAUGCCGAUCCUGGUGGUUUGUGGCGUUUCCAUGAUGAAGAUAUUGAAGGCGUCGCUUCGGUCAUGAGAACAACCAUUAUAAAUACGAGCAAAGAACUCAGUGCUUUCAGUGACUUUCCUCCGCCUACGGAAUAUCCCAACUUCAUGCACAACUCCAUGAUGUUCAACUAUUUUAUGUUGUAUGCUGAGCAGUUUGAUCUAUUGAAGCACAUACGGUAUCAUCUGGAAAUUGUUAAAGUUGAACCAGCUAAGGAUUUCGAAAGUACUGGUCGCUGGAUAGUUGCCAUCAAGAGCACUCAAACGGAGGCUGUCACUAAAGAAGAAUUUGAUGCAGUAAUGGUUUGCAUUGGACAUCAUGUGUACCCUAAAAUUCCGAAAUUCCCAGGUCAAGAAAAAUUUAAAGGAUCUAUUACUCAUACGCACAGCCUUAAAUCUUGUGACAGAUAUCUUGGACAAAAUGUUGUGGUCGUAGGCAUCGGAAACUCUGGAGUUGAUGCUGCGGUCGACUGUACUUACGUGGCAAAACAAGUUUAUCUAAGCACCAGAAGAGGAUCUUGGAUAUUUGGUCGAGUAGGAAAAGCUGGUAAGCCAUACGAUAUGGACUUCAAUACUAGAAGCAAGCUUUUCUUCAGCCGCUUCCGGUCCUUUAACUCUGUUUGUAAUGACCUUGAAAACGAAGUAAAUAAGAAGUUUGAUCAUGAAUUGUACGGCCUUAAACCCAAGCAUCGUAUACUAAGUGCACAUCCAACUAUGAACGAUGCAUUGCCAAACUGCAUCCUCAGUGGCAGAGUUAUAGUGAAAGGAGACAUAAAGAGGUUUGAAGAAAACGGGAUAGUCUUCGUAGGUGACGACAAAGUUACAGAAAUUGAUGCUGUUAUAUUGGCAACUGGUUAUGAAGUAAAAUUUCCAUUUUUGGACAGCAAGUUAAUGUGUACUGAUGAAAACAAAGUUCAUUUGUAUAAAUAUGCCAUUCCUCCUCAAUUGUCGCACCCCACAUUAGCGAUUAUAGGUUUAUUUCAACCACUGGGGGCCAUUUUUCCUUUGAGCGAAAUGCAAUGUCGAUGGUUUGCACAAAUUCUUGCUGGUAAUCUUCGGCUGCCAUCCUUGAAGGAAAUGGAAAAAGACAUCAGGUGCAAGAAUGAAAUGAACGACAAGCGAUAUGUAGCGUCUACAAGACACACAAUUCAAGUGGACUGGAUACCAUUCAUGGAUGAAAUUUCUAGCCAAAUUGGAGCAAAACCAAAUCUUUUGAAACUUGCAUUUACUGAUCCAAAACUGUUUCUUCGAUGCUUAAAUGGUCCUUGCCUGCCAUAUCAGUUUCGACUUCAAGGCCCUCAUAGUUGGCCAGAAGCAAGAGAGGUUAUUUUGAAUUUUGAAGAAAGAGUUUAUGCUCCUCUCAACUCUGAAGCAAAGAAAAUAUGUGCUAAAAAUGAGAGCUCAAUAUCAAGCAAAAAGCUAUUUUUUGCUCUACUUAUUAGCACUGCUGGUUUCUUCUACGCUCGAAAAUAUUUAGAUAAUGUGCCUAUAAAUAUGCCAAAUUUCAAAUUAGAUUUGCGUGUUUCUUAAACUCAUCAAAUUAAUAUUUAAGAGUCAGCAAUCCAGAAAGAGAUCUUUCAUAUAUUUCAUAAAAACUGACUAUUUUUAUUUUUUGAAACUCUUUCACCAUUUGUAUUCAUUACAAGCAGAUUUUUUAUCCAAAAAUAUCAGUGCAAUAUUUGUUACAUUUUGUGGAUGCAUGUUUUUAACAUCAUUAAAAUAUUUUUAUACGAGUCAAAAGAAAGUUGCUCAAGCGAUAACUUCAUGCCACGCUGUGCAUAUAAAUGUAUGCAUUUUUUAAAGAAUAAACUAAC